AUGCCAGCACCGCUGACCAAAGCCACCUCUCGCGGCAAUGCCUCGAUACAGAGCCACCCAGUCGGCACAAUCGAGCACAUCCCCAACACUGCCGCCGCUUCUACAUCACAGCUUGAGCCAGUCCCCUCGUGGCCAAAGAUGGGCGCAUCCCCUUCAGACGAGCACGCAUCCACCAAGGCCAGCUUGAGAGCCUGGUGGUCCUCCUUCACAAAGGGACGCAGCCAAAAGGACAAGAAGCAGGCCGACAACCGCGUCUUUGGCGUGCCUCUUCGCCAAUCGCUCAAAUACGCCAGUGUCGCCAUCUCGAUCGCCGGCGAAGACGGUCAGCAGUACGUCUGGGGUUACGUCCCUGUUGUCGUAGCCAAAGUCGGCCUCUACCUCAAGGACAAUGCUACCGAGGUCGAGGGGGUCUUCCGCAUUGCUGGCUCCCAAAAGAGGAUGAAGGAGCUCCAAGAGACCUUUGACAGCCCACCGCGCUACGGCAAGUCGGUUGACUGGUCCAAGUACAGCGUCCACGAUGCUGCCAGCGUCUUGCGCAGAUAUUUCAACCACAUGCCAGAGCCCAUCGUACCACACGACCUCUACACCGAGUUCAGAAACAUCCGUGCCAAGGACAACUUCGACGAAGAGGGCGCCAUCAAGACCUACCGCCUUCUCAUCUCGAGCAUGCCACCGGCCAGCCAGUAUCUGCUGCUUUACGUUCUCGAUCUACUCGCCGUGUUUGCCCGCAAGUCGGAUAAGAAUCUGAUGCCUUCGAGCAACCUUGCCGUCAUCUUCCAGCCGGGCAUGUUUUCGCAUCCAUCUCACCAGCUCUCGCCCAGCGAACACAAGCUGGCCGUCCAAGUGCUCGAAUUCCUCAUCGAUCACCAGGACCACUUUGUGCUCGGCAUGUCGCCUCAACCAGCCUCGCAGCUGCCUCCCAACGAGCUGACUGCCGUGUCGAAACCCAUCAAGGACGAGGACGUCUUGGUUCCCUCGGACAGCGACGAAGAACAGGGCGAGGUGCAGGUGCACGAGGGCGGAGGCGCGCGUCUGAUGCGCAGCAAGACGACCAAGCCAAAGACGAAAAAGUACAGUCUGGGCUUCUCUCGCCGUGCCAACGACGACGACAAUGUCAGCGACGUCGACGAGCUCUCACCGCAGGCUUCGGGAGCGUCUGGUAAGAGUCCAGUCAACGAGCAGCCUUCUACCGAUGUUAAGCCAGCAACGGGGCUGCGCCGAAGCCGGACCGCGCCAUCGCGAAAGAUCAUCGAUGGUGCGUCGCCAGCCCGCAAAGGCCGACGUCCGCGCGCCUCUGCGGGUGACAAGCGCGCUGCCGAGGAAGAGCAUCGCAGGAUCGUAGCGUCGCUCAUCCCACCACCUCCAGAGCCGAAAUCGCAUUCUAUGCAGAAGGCGGCCUCGUCUACGGGUCACACGCCGUCCAAGCCAUCCAGACCCUCGACCGAGACUAGACUCGCUUCGCCUGCUUCCACGCCGAUGCGGAAAGCAGUCUCGGUAACAGACUCGCCCGCUGCUCCGGCAUCCAUCGCAAGCGCCUCCUCGCCAGCACCCGUUGGCCAAGAUGCGACGGGUCUUCCUACCCCACCGCCGUCCAAGAUUCUUGGAGCAGAGGUGACGGCACCCUCGUCUUCGUCUAAGAAGGACGAGGUCGAAUGA